AUGACCUGGAAUAACGAAUGGCAUAAAGUUGUUUGGUCGGACGAGAAGAAAUUUAAUUUGGAUGGUCCUGAUGGCUUUUCUUACUAUUGGCAUGAUCUACGUAAAGAAGAAGAGAUAUUUUCAACGCGUGCUCAAAGUGGUGGCAGUGUUAUGAUUUGGGCAUCGUUUGGCUGGGGUGGUAAAAGUUCAAUAUGCUUCAUAAAUGGGCGAAUGAAUUCAAAUGGAUAUCGAGAAGUACUAAAAAAUCAUCUAGUUGACAUUGGAAAUACUAUUGGGGGAUCUAAUUGGAUUUUUCAACAAGAUAAUGCGCCGGUUCAUCGGGCAAAAGUCAAUCUUGCUUGA